UCCAGUUCGGUCUGGGGCUCUACUGCAAAAUGUCAGUCACUGAAAUGCUGGUCAUCGUUGGGGGAUUUACUGUUGUCUUCCACCUGCUGAAACUGACCUGGAGAUGUUGGUGUGGAUUCAGAGAGUUUGUUUUGUCAGAACUUUGGCAAGUUGAUUUAAGGACAUGUGGGCAAUGGGCAGUUGUCACUGGCGCCACAUCUGGCAUUGGUAAAGCUUAUGCCAGUGAGCUGGCAAGAAGAGGCCUGGAUGUUAUUUUGGUGAGCAGAUCCAGUGAUAAGCUUCAAAUGGUUGCCAAAGAGAUAGAGGAUCAACACGGACGAAGAACUCGUACCAUACAAGUGGACUUCACUGACGGCCAUAGAAUCUACCCUGCUAUAGCUAAAAAACUACAGGGACUGGAGAUUGGAAUUCUGGUUAACAAUGUAGGAAUGACCUAUUCUGAUCAUUUCGCCUAUUUCCUGGAAGUACCAGAUGCUGAACAGAAAAUCACUCAGAUUGUCAACUGUAACAUGCUGUCUGUGCCUCAAAUGACCAGACUGGUUCUUCCAGGCAUGGUUAAAAGAGGGACAGGGCUGAUCAUUAACAUCUCCUCUGAAGUGGGCGUCCAUCCACAGCCUUUGUUGUCCCUUUAUUCCGCCACUAAGAUUUUUGUAACAUAUUUUUCUCAGUGUCUCCAUGCUGAGUACAAGUCAAAGGGAAUUAUUGUUCAGUGUGUGGCUCCCUUCAUGGUGUCCACCAACAUGACAAAAAACAUUGCAGUCAACUGCUUUGUGAAGAGUGCUUCAGAGUUCGCCUGCAAGGCCUUGAACACCGUGGGUCACUCCAGCUACACCAGCGGCUGUCUGUCCCACGCACUCCAGAACAUGGCUCUCACAAUACUCCUUCCGGACUGGCUUCGUAUGUCAUCAGUCCUCAUUAGAAAGCUACGAAACCUUGCAAAAGUCAGCAAAUAUGAAAGAGUGUGCAUGGAAAAGGAGAAGUUCAGUGAAAAGGAGGAGUAGUGAAGUGGCUGCAUCUGUACAGAGGAUGAAGUUCACUAAAUGGAUGAAGAUUACUGACAUAAUUGUACCUUUUUCAUCUAUAUAUAGGCAUUAUAACAGAUUACCUUCACUGUAGGUCCACCUCUUACAUACAUAAAAUGUGAGUAAUAUUAACACAAUACAUAUAAAUACU